CAAAUAUUGGGCGGGCCAUUGGCCAACAACGGAACAUCUUAAGCCCCUAACCAAAAUCGAGAGGAGCCGGAACAGCAAGAGGGAACAGUUUCAGAGACCGUGAGGAAGACGACGACGUGGGAGUUCUCACUGACAAGAGCUGGAUUGACGAUCGGAAGAUAAGGAACUCGCUGGAAAGGAUAUUGUUCGCUGAGAAGCGCGGCGGGAUUUAGAGGUUGCCAAACUCGUCCUCGAUCUUCUUAUUGCUUCAUAUAUUGGGCUAGAUGGAUGCUGAAUCUCAUGGAUAUUCUAUUUCAUUAGAAGAUUUGCAAGAGAACAGAGACGCUGUUUAUCAAGAGGAGCUACUGGAGAUGCAAUGCAUAGUCUGCAGAAGAACUUUUAUACCAUGGGUCGAAGUAUACGAAGGUCUUGAUCCAUCAGGCUUAUGCAGAGAGUGCAAAUCCUUGGUUGUGGACGAUAUUGAAACAGGCUUGACUGCCAGAAAUCCUUCGGGAAGGCAGAGGAGAAGAACCUCAAGAUAUCCGAGUUCAGAAUCAGUAGAGAGUGUGUUCUCACAGCAGUUCUCACAGAUGAUUGGUUUGGCAAGACAAAAUCGUGAUCUACAGCUUGACGAUGACACAACAAUUGCCAUCCAUCAGCGUCCAAGUUAUACUUAUAGGAACUGGUUAAGAAGAGUUCGUAGGGUAAAUUCUGAUACAGAUAACGAUAGCAUUGAGUCUGACUCACAUAUAAGUUUUGGUGGUUAUGGAGGUGAUUCAGACGCUUCAGUUGAUGGCCAUAGCAUAAUAGAUAGGGAAAUACUUAGCCCUCUCGAUAACGAAAGCCGCAUCCACACUGACACAGACAUUGAUCCUAUGCAUGCUGGUCUAGACCAAUGGACUUCAGAUGACCAGGGUGAAUAUGGAGCAUGGGAGGAGGUUAGCGUAGUAGAAGCAUCAAUACAUCUUCUGGAUACUAACAGUCCAAAUGGUAGUGCCACAAGCCCCCAAAAUGGUGCUUGGGUUCGACGGCGUCUACGUCCUGUCGAUCUCUUUACUGAUACAGAUGAAAUAGAUAUUUCCCCUUUUACUGGUAACUCAGGUGACUACAUAGAUGCACAGGGCUUUGAGGAGCUCCUUGAACAACUCGCAGAAGCGGAUAGCUCAAGAAGAGGGGCACCUCCUGCUGCAACUUCUUCUGUGCAGAGUCUGCCUUGUGUGAUCAUAUCAAAGGAUCACGAGAAGAAUGGGACUCUUGUCUGUGCAGUUUGCAAAGAUCCUUUAUCAAUUAAUGCUGAAGCAAGGCAGCUUCCUUGCUCACACCUAUAUCACCCUUCCUGUAUAUUACCAUGGUUAAGAACUAGGAACUCCUGCCCCGUUUGUCGAUAUGAACUUCCAACAGAUGACCAAGAGUAUGAGGAGGGAAAACACAACAAUGUCAGAACCGUUAUCGAUGAAAUGCGGCUUCAGGAGCCGGUUGAUGAAAUCUCUUCUGAUGGAUCAAGUGAUAUAGGAGAUGAAGCUAAUGAGCAGGAUCAACAUGCAGAAGAUCAACCUGAUAUUGCUUGCAAUGAUGAUGUCGAAGGAAGGUCAAACAAUGGUGGCAACGUACAAUGGCUUUUGAUUGCUGCGGCUCCAAUUGUGGCCAUUGUUGGUAUUGCUAUUGCAACUUGGAUGCGGAAUUUUAUGCCCAUGGGAAGGAUUCAGUGCGGGGUUAGGGAUCAUGAUAUGCAGCAAUCGCACAGUUCUCAUGGUAGAAUGACUGGUGCAAAUAGGAACAGGAGAUGGUGGUCUUUCUUUGGUGGUCAGGAUUGACUUCACUUUCUCUUGGCUUUCGGUGCAGGAAAACCUUCCCUCUUAGCGUUCAGACAUCUUCUAACCAGAAAUAAACGAAAUGACCUGCAAAUGUUCUGCAGCGGUUAGUGAAAUCAAAUUUUCAUGGGUGUUUGUUUCAUCAGCUUUUUAUUGAAUUGUUUUUUUUUUUUUUUCACUUGGUUUGACUGGUUUGGCAAUGAAGCAAUAUGGCAAAUGAGCGCCCUUGCCUUGGGGAACUGAGAAUUAGUUUCACAUUCUUAUAAUAUUCUCAAUCAAAUUUGGCAUGCAGGUAGGCAGCUUGCUUUUUGUGUUUUGCUUUAAA